GCGUGCGUGGUGUGCGUGGUAAAGAAAUGGCGCUCAUCUGCUCGAUCUGUCACGAGGUACCAGAGGAGCCGGUACUCUCCCCCGUGUCUGGCCGCGUGUUCGAGCGAAGACUCGUCACAAAAUGGGUACAGGACAACGGAACUGACCCAGUGAGUGGAGAGCCGCUGUCAGUCGAACAGCUAAUGACCAUAAAUGCUGAUCCACUUGUAAAGCCACGCCCACCGUCUGCAACCAGUAUUCCAGCAAUUCUCAAACUGCUGCAGGACGAGUGGGAUGCGUGUAUGCUGCACAGUUAUACUCUGAGACAGCAGCUACAGACUGCCAGACAGGAGUUGUCCCAUGCUCUCUACCAGCACGACGCAGCUUGUCGAGUCAUUGCCAGACUGACUAAAGAGGUGACUGCAGCCAGAGAAGCUCUGGCAACUCUGAAGCCACACGUGGCAGCAACUAUGGUACUCCCAGCGAAGCCCCGCCCCCCGGUCCUCCCGCGGAAACCAUGGAGGUGGAGGCCUGUGUGUGAAAUGACAGAGGAAAUCCUUCAGAAGCUGAUGGAUACGGCAACUCAGCUCACCUCCGAGAGAAAGAAGAGAGGGAAGAAGAUGCCGGAGGGCCUUAUGUCGUCUGACAACAUCAGCAAGUUCACUCAGACCUCCUCACAUCCGGUGCUGCACAGUGCCAGUGUACCAGGAAUCCUGUGUCUAGACGUAUCGGGAGACACGUCUCGAGCCCUCACCGGAGGAGCCGAUAAGACUGCUGUCGUCUUUGAGCACACCACGGAGCAAGUGGUGGCCACUCUCAGAGGACACACCAAGAAAGUCACUAGCGUCGUCCACCACAACAAAGAGGAUGUGGCAAUCACGGCAUCUCCUGAUGCUACUGUAAGAGUCUGGUCCGUACACAACGGAUCCUGCAGUACAGUCAUAAAGGCUCAUGAUGGUCCAGUGACUGGUGUCAGUCUUCCAUGCCACUGGAGACUAUGUCCUCAGCUCCUCCACUGAUGAGUACUGGGCCUUCUCUGAUAUCAGGACAGGGCAGGUCAUCAGCAAAGCCAACGACCCUGCUGCCUCUUCUGCUCUCACAUGUGCCCAGUUUCAUCCCGAUGGCCUCAUCUUUGGCACUGGAACAAAGGAUAGUGUGGUGAAGAUUUGGGAUCUGAAAGAGAAGACAAAUGUCGCCAAUUUCCCUGGGCACUCUGGACCCAUAACAAGUGUGGCUUUCUCUGAGAAUGGCUACUACCUCGCCACCUCGGCCAACGACUCAGUCGUCAAACUGUGGGAUCUCCGCAAACUCAAAAACUUCAAGUCAAUCAAUCUGGAGGAGGGUUCUGAGGUGAUGUCUCUAUGCUUUGACCAGACAGGGACCUAUCUGGCUGUGGCUGGCUCCAAUAUUCAAGUGUACCUCUGCAAACAGUGGUACCUGCUGCAGACAUUCACAGACCACGCAGGACUGGCCACUGGAGUCAGGUUCGGGAAGAACGCCUCUUUUUUGGUGUCGUGUGGAAUGGAUCGGAGCCUCAAAUACUACGGACUGGAAUAGGACUCAGUCUUGGCAGUCACGUGACUAGUCAUGUGACUCUUGUACAUUCUCUUGCUCCACCUCUACCGCUGUACACACUGCUUUUACUGUACGUGCAUAAUGUAAUUUUAGUUGUAUUUUUGAGAUUUUGGCCAGAAAGUUAUCACUGGUCUGAAACAGCGCCCAGCCAGCU